GGGAGAGAGAGAGAAGAGCGGAGAGCGGAUGCAGCGCAGGUGAGAUUACGCGGACAAGGAUAGACACACACACAGGGAAGAGCGAGACACACGGACACACACACAGACACAAUCGCAAGAGAGUGUUCGGAGACACACACAGAUACUGAGAAACAAAAGCGCGGUCCACAAGGAGAGAGAGAGAGAGAGAGGAAGGGGAGGGGUGAGAAGCAGCUUCAGAGCGCAAAUAAAGGGGGAUGCGGAGAAGAACGGAGGAGAUGGGGAGAGAGACGCAGUCAACCGUCACAGCCGGCGAGAUCGGGAUGCGCUUGUGAGGAGUGGCAACGCGCCCCAUCGGCCCUCCUGCUCCUCUCACUCCACGAGGCACAGCGCACUGCUGAUGGAAGCGCCUCCCGCUGAGAGGCAGCUCAGAGGGACCCCUCUGGACUGGAAUCCCCUCGCCGUGCACGCUGGCCAGACGUCUGACAAGGCUCUUGUGGAUGCUCAUCGCUCUCCGAGCUGCUCCUGCUGCUGCUGCUGCUGCAAACCCCUCUGGGAGCCCUGCGAGAUUGAGAGAAAUCAGCUGCAGGCAGAACUCCCUCCUACUCCUCCUCCCCGUCGCAAUCACCUCUCUGCGUCACUCCCCUUGCAGGAAAUAAUGAAGGCAGGAUGUGAAUGAGUAGAACGAGUGAAGGUGGACGGUGACCAGACGCUGCUCCCCGACUCGGCAGCGCAAUCCAAACACCGGAGGAUUUUGCAGGCGUGGAGUGGACGUCAACUCGACAGUCCACCAGCCGCGAUCGCCCCCUGAUAGGAGGCCACGUGGUCACUUAUGGGAUUGAUCGACUGAAAAUAAGAAUAAGAAGGUAUCAAGACUGAAACAAGUUCGAGACUGAGCCGACAGUCGAGGAGUUCUGUGGCCGUCGCGAACGAGGAAUGGGACCGACGCUGGCAAGGACCCAACCCCUCGGGUCUGACCUCUCGUGAGCACGUCGAGGCUUGCAACGUCGUCCGUGGUGUCGGCGGCGGCUGCGGGGCUCGGCGAAGCUCGCAUCGCAGCUGGCCGGGGGGGCGCCGCUCUCGCUAUGACGGGUCGCCGAGCCCGUCGCCAACGCCGGCCUGGCGCCAUGGUCACCUAGAGUGGCGGAUGGCGCUCGGCGGCAGUUGUUUGGCCGGCGUGGCGCGGUGAGUGGCGUGGUCGGGCAUUGCGAGCCCUUUGCCGGCAUCGUGGCGUUCGGCGCGGUUGUGGGGCCAGUGGAGUAGUAAGUUGUAUGGUAAGCAGUGUGGGUGGCUUGGUAAGCUGCACGGAAAGCGGGUUGGUGAGCGGUACAAUAGUGUGAUGAGCGGCUAGUUGUGUGGCGGUAGGGCGAGCUACGCUUUUCUGAGUGGCUUGUGGCAAGUGGUGUGGUGAGUGGUGUGAUCAGCAGUUGUGGUGAGUGGGAGUAGGUGAGUGGUGCAGUGAGCAGUGUGGGAGUUAUGCCAAGGCCACGCCAGGCACGUGCAGUAGAGCAAGCUUUAUGUCCUCUUAUCCCAGAAGCCAUCCUGAUUCCCUCAGCCUACAACCCCCUCGCAUUUAUCUGAUUGCUCACGUGUUGGGGUUGUUUUUUUGAAGCCCUGUUUUGACAAUCUGUGAUGACUCAAGAGGUGAAAGGAGCACAGCUGCGGCGAUGCAAAUGAAAACCCACGAACAGCCAUUGCUCUCGCAGCUUCCACUGCACGCAUUAUAGGAAAAGGAGAUUUUAAAAUAAUUAUAAAAACUGCAAGCAAAGCAAGAUUGUUUUUUAAACCUUGCUCUGGUCAUGUGAGAAUUUUUUUUAAAUGACAUGUAAAUGGCAGCGAAAAUAUUACUUCUAUUAAAUCCAAACAUUACGACUUAACAGGAUCUGCCCACUGACUACUACAGAUUAGCACGGAUGGCUACAUACGGUCCGAAAGAAGUUCAACAUAUAUAAAUGCAAGUUAAUAAUUGAUUUAGGAAUGAUAUUUUUGGCUGGGAACUGGUGGAAGAAAUUCAAAAGGCUGCCAGGCAUCGCAUCUUUCUGGUUAUGCACAUUGGAGGCCUCUGUCGCCGUUCUGCCACUGACGAGCUGUGGAUGUGAAACUUGACUUUGCUGGAUAAGCAGUAUACGAACUUAGCUCGGUGGAGAAAAAAGUUUAGAUUUUUGUAACAAAAAGAUUACUCACCCUUACUUGACAGGGCAAUAAUAAUAGUAUUAUGUUUUUUCGAAACGUUCUUGAAAAGUUGCUUGAUGGUGGCGUUGUCGGUGGAUUGAUUUGUCGCCGUUGUCCCACUAUGCUGCAACAGCAUGGAUGCUAAUCAUAAGGUGGCUGAAAUUGGAAAUGCAGCAAAUACAAAUUGCCCACAAACGUGGAUUGGUUCGAUCACAGGUUAUUACAUAUUGUGAAAUAAUAACUGUCAUUAUUAUCGCAGUCGGAAUUGUGAGUCUGUUCAUUUGGGGGUGGGGGGCGAACAAACAACCCAAAACACUGGCUGCUCCCAUGCGAUUCUAAAUCUAUAAAAGUGAGGAGUAAGGAAAUGCGCUGUCUCUAGCACAGUGGUGUGAAGAGCGAUCUUCCCCUUCAAGGUGUCUCAUCUCCAUCCCGCGUACGCACGCUUGGAAAACCCAUAAAAGCAAACCUUCAGAAAUUUCUCAACUUUUUUUUUGUCUCGGUUGCGAUAGCCAUCAUUAUCACCUGGGUCAUAACUACGAACCUAUUACCAGCGUCCCAGACGGAUUGAACGGGCAGCCUCAUGGCGGCCACGAUGGUGCCGUCGCCGGUCAGCCCGUGGCUGUGCCGCGGGCCAGACCUCCGGCGCAUGGUCGCGCUGCUCCUCGUGUUCAGCGUGCUCUCGCUGGCGCUGCUGGCGUACUACGUGUCGAGCGGCGGCAAGGCGACGCCCGUGUCGCCCAGCCCGCCGGCGCUUCGCCAAGUGGCCGCUCGCGGCUCCCCGGUGGCGCCGGGGGCCGGCGGGGACGAGUGGGCGACCGCGGCGCGCAGCGCUGACGCCUGGGGGAGGAUGGAGUUGCGGCCGUUGAGGCCCUGCCUGGUCGCCACGUCCGCGGAGCAAGAGGACGACGACGAGGAGGAGGAGGAGCGGGAAAGAGGGGGGCAGGAGCAGGAGAAAGACGGGGACCCGGACGUGGAAAGCGUCACGGCGAAGCACGCGGGAGAUGGGGAAAAGAAGGGAGAGGGGAGCAGGGAGAGCAGAGCGCGGACGGAGGGCAGAGAUGGGGACGAGGUGAGGAGGCACCCGAGAGAUGGGGAGAACAGCGCGGAGCAGAGGGAGGCGUACCGGGUGGUGACGGGCAAGGCGAAGCUGCGGGGGAGAAGCCCAAGCCUCCCGACUCCCUCCCAGGUCCCCGAGCGGCCCGCUGUGCCAAGGGGAGUGCAGCAUCACCCGGCUGGGCCAUCUCCACUGCAGCUGCAGCAGGACGGCGCGGUGUGGCGCACAGAGCCCGUUGUGCUGCUCUUCCUGGAGAGCCACUACUCGCCCGCCGGGCAGGAGAUCGUCGCCGUGCUGGAGGCCGGACGCUUCCGCUACCAGGCUGAGACAGCGGCCACGGGCCUCAAGGGCGACCUGCCGACGCUCACGAGGAGGGACGGUGCCGGGCGCUUUGCGGCUGUCGUGUUUGAGAACGUGCACCGCUACGCCGCCAUGGACGCGUGGAACCGUGAGCUGCUCGACCGCUACUGCCUCGAAUUCGCCGUCGGCAUCGUAGCCUUCCUCAGGGCUGGGGAGGGCGGCACUUCCGGGCUGCAGCAGCUCAAGGGCUUCCCCCUGCUGCUCCGAGCCGGCGCCUCGCUGCGCGAUGGCGUCGUGAGUGUCGACGCUCCGCUGCUGAGGCUGGCGCGGGGCGGCGCCGCCGAGAGGGGAGCGCUCCCCGGGGCCGACUGGAGCCUGUUCUACCCCCAGCCUGGGAGCGCGGCCGGCAACUCGAGCGCCGCGUUCCGGCCGCUGCUGCUCGCGCACAGCAACAGAGACGCACGAAACCCAGACGGUGCCAGUGAGGAUGGCACCGGGAGGCACGCGGCCGCCGUCUACGGCACCGGCACAGCUGACGACGGCGCCGUGCGCCGCGUCUUCUUCGGGAACGGCGUCUCCUUCUGGCUGCACAAGCUGCUCUUCCUGGACGCACUGGCGUGGUGCUCACCAGGGCCGGCGGCCUCCGGCGGUGCCACGGCGCGGACGGCGCGACGCCUUGCGCUCCCGCUCGACCGCUACAUCCUCGUGGACGUGGACGACAUCUUCGUCGGGAAGGAGGGGACUCGCAUGACGCCCGCCGACGUGGAGGCGAUGCUGGGCAUGCAAGGUCGGCUUCGUGACCUCGUGCCAAACUUCACCUUCAACCUCGGAUUUUCGGGAAAGUUCUUCCACACAGGCACGGUGGAGGAGGACCGCGGCGAUGACCUCCUGCUCAAGCACCGGCAUGACUUCUGGUGGUUCCCACACAUGUGGAGCCACAUGCAGCCGCACCUCUUCCACAACGAGAGCGCCCUCGCCGAGCAGAUGAUGCUCAACCGACAGUUCGCCAUCGAGCACGGCAUCCCGACAGACAUGGGCUACGCUGUCUCGCCACACCACUCGGGGGUCUACCCGGCGCACGAGCCGCUGUACGCCGCAUGGCGCCGCGUGUGGGCCGUGCGCGUCACCAGCACUGAGGAGUACCCGCACCUCAAGCCUGCACGCAAGCGCCGUGGAUUCAUCCACAACCACAUCAUGGUGCUGCCCCGGCAGACUUGCGGUCUCUUCACGCACACCAUCUUCUAUAAGGAGUACCCGGGCGGGCCGGGCGAGCUCGACCGCAGCAUUCGCGGAGGGGAGCUGUUCCUCACUCUGCUGCUGAACCCUGUGAGCAUAUUCAUGACGCACCUGUCCAACUAUGGUAAUGACCGGCUGGGCCUCUACACCUUCGAGAGCCUUCUCAACUUCGUGCGCUGCUGGACGCACCUCCGGCUACAGACGCUGCCGCCCGUGCGUCUCGCCGAGAAGUACUUCCAGAUCUUCCCCGAGGACCGCGAGCCCCUCUGGCAGAAUCCGUGCGAAGACAAGCGACACAGGGAUAUCUGGUCAAGAGAGAAGACUUGCGAUCGGCUUCCCACAUUCCUCAUCCUGGGCCCGCAAAAGACAGGCACCACGGCGCUGCACUCGUUCCUGACGCUGCACCCGGCCGUUGCCCCCAGCCUGCCUAGUCCCACCACCUUCGAGGAGGUGCAGUUCUUCAACGGCAAUAACUACCACCAUGGCCUCGACUGGUACAUGGCUCACUUUCCAGCCAUGGCAAACGCCAGCACGGUGCAGCUGUUUGACAAGAGCGCCAACUACUUUGACUCGGAGGCCGCCCCUCGACGCGCUCACGCCCUGCUGCCCGGCGCUCGUCUCAUCGCCAUCGUGAUCAACCCGGCCGAGCGGGCCUACUCCUGGUUCCAGCACCAGCGCGUGCACGGCGACGUGGCGGCGCUGAACCACUCGUUUGUGGAGGUGGUGUCUGCCGGGCCCGACUCGCCCUUCCCUCUGCGCGUCCUGCAGGGGCGCUGCCUGCAGCCCGGCCUCUACAGCAGCCAUGCCGACAAGUGGCUCUCCCUCUACCCACCUGGGCAGCUGCUGAUCGUCGACGGACAGCAGUUUCGGAGCAACCCGGCCGUGGUGCUCGACUCCGUGCAGCGCUUCCUGGGGCUCUCCCCGCACUUCAACUUUGCCAACGCCCUCACGUUUGACGAGCACAAGGGGUUCUGGUGUGUCGCGGGUGUGGCGAGCGUGGCGAGCGAGGGAGGUGGGAAACCCAAGUGCCUGGGCAAGAGCAAGGGAAGGAAGUACCCCGACAUGGAGCCACAGGCACGGGAAUUCUUAGCCGAGUACUACCGGGAGCACAAUGUGGAGCUGUCCAAGGUGCUGAACCGCCUCGGGCAGCCGUUGCCGCUGUGGCUUCGCGAGGAGCUCUUCACCACGCGGCCUCGCUGACGACUGCCAAGCUCCGCCAUGCUGCUACGAGGUUCCACCAACGUGUCGUGUAGUGCAUUACCUUCGGGCUACCAAGAUGCGUUCAAUCACCGGUUACCCCGCAGGAUGAGCUACGAUUCCUCCCAUUGCUUUCUUCCCUUUGCCAGACUAACCAUAGCCCUGGCUCGAACGCUUCACAAGCAAGCUGAGAGAGUACAUUGUGUAUGCACUUGCAAUGCCGUGAUGGGACUCGGAGUUGUUUUUAUUUCCAGAGCCAGAAGUCCCCAGUCCUCCUCCUCUCUCUUCUCUCCCGAACUCCUGCAUCAUUGAACAUCAACAACAGCGCGAGCCUCUUGCUUGUUAAAAAAAAAAGGUGAAAUGAAUUAACACGUUCAAAAGAAGGUGAUGAUGCAGACGUUUUUAAAAAAAUGGCUUGUGUUUUCGAAAGUGUUGUCUAAUUUGAUUCAGAGCCCUUAAGAAGAAUGUCGCUUACCUGUACAAACUUGUUAUGAAAAAUCAACUACAAAAGAAUUACAAGCAAGCAGCUAUAAAUCAGGAGCAUAAAUAAGACAACGACAGUGAAAUCUGUGGGGUAGAUUAGGUUGGUGUAUGGACUUCUGUGGAAGCUGGCUAUACCAUUUGUAAAGUACGAUGUGAUUCCUUACCAAAAAUUGAUCUCUGAAGAUGUAUGAAGAGCGAGGACUUGACCUGGACUCGUGUUGGAGUGAUCUUCACCCUAUUAAAGGUGAUAAGGGUGGACUCGCUUUUCGGUGGUUCGGGGUCGUUGAGCCACUGGAAUUUACCCCAAGAGUUUGGUAUGCGAGGCACAAAUGGCACAAACGGACAACACGACAUUGAGGCAGCUGUUGCCUGUGAGCUGGCAGCCGUGUUACCAGUGGUGAUUCUAGGUCACGGUAAACGAUGGGCACCGAAUUGGGGCACCGCUUAACAAGGAGGGAGGGGACACCCAUACCCAGGCCCUCACUUGCUGUAGAACUCCAUACAUGGGGUGAAACGAUAAGACCUCAGCUCGGGGGUCAGGCAGUGUCAGCUGUGCACCACUGAUGUGUGAUCUCGCCGAAGGAAGGAGAGCAAUGGGAAGCUGUGAGUGGCAUCCGUGACAUGGAGACAUGAUAACUUGUGUAACUUAAACUUGGGUGUCUCCCGAGCCAUCCUAAUGAGUUGCCUCCCAUAGAAUCACCACUGAGUUGUUACACUCCUGUCCGAGACGAUCUCUGCUCCUGCGCUCGGUGAUCGUUGUCAUUGCGCGGUGUGGCCGCUGAUCGUUGUAUGUUUACACGUGAUUAUACUCGCCGCGCUUGUUAUUAUUUAUUAACUUAUUUAUGUUUUAACCAACUCGAUUAAUUUUGCGAACCGAACAAAUGGAACUUGUGUGUUUUAACGUGUAUACAAAUUGACAGUGGCUCCGUGAAAAUUCUAAUCAGACGUGCGUGUGUGUGUACUAACAGAUCCAGUCUGCGCCGAUAAUCUUAUAAACAUCUGCUUGUCUUACUCGAAGCCUAAGUUUUAUUAGGCCGUGUUAAACUGCAGUUACCGUGAACAUAAAUUCAACUUAAAGAGCGGGGUAUGUGGAGCAUUUGGGUCCAGAGCUAUGGGAUGAAUGUCCUGCUUGCUGGCACCAGCGGAAAGUGCCGCUGCUUUGAAUAGCGCCGCUACCACCAAUAAUCAGUUUCGGGAUUCAAAGCAUUUGAUAAUGGGCCGUGAUAAUGGGCAUGACAUAAACCAUGUGUGGGUACAAAGGACAACAUUGGGUGGGGUUAGGGAUGGGGCAACAGAUUGGCUCUGGAACUGAAUUUCAGAGUUGCAGAAAAUCUAGCUUACAGAGCUCUGUGGGUAAUGCAUGACAUGACUCAGGCUUAGGCCAUAUUCACCGCCAUCUGCAGUAAGCUUAUAAUGGCCUCUCAGUGGAUUUCGGCAGGCGAGGUGUGACGUCACAUGCAGCUCUACGUCGUUAGUGUUAGGGACACUCUGGGGCAGCAUGGGGAAGAUGCCGAGUGAGUGUGAUGAGACAUUUCAGGGCUUUCAUUUGUUCUCGUUUGAGUGGCACUCCCCUUCUGUCUUACUGUGUCUUUGUCUCUUUCAAAACCUGCACCUUUGCUACCCUGAUGACAUCUAGGUAUGGUUAUAUAUGUAUGCUAAUAUGCGUGAGUGUGUGUUUGUAUGUAUAUGUCCGGGGAGUGGUGGCACAGUGAUUAACGCAUUGUGUUGUAAACCUGGCCACCCAAGUUCAAUUCCGCUCACGACCAAUAACAGUGGCGAAUAUCUGAACUCGUUCUAGGCCUCCUCAAAUUUGACUCAGCCUUAAAUGAAUAUAUGGAGACAAAAGUGGCCGUGCGUGUCGUUGGCUACCGGCUACCACAGGUGAACGCUAACAGCACUUUUUUGGGGAUAUUUGUAUGUGUGCAUAUGUAUGGUAUGGGAAGCAGUGGCUUGCGAACUGCACUACAAAUCCAGCAAACCCGAGUUCUAUUGCCGGCUGCUUCUGACUUCAGUGGUUAUUAUCUGAAUCGGUCUUGGACCACCUUUACGUUGACGCAGCCUCAAAUGAGCACCUGCUGUGGUUUGUAAAUAUCAGCACUGGGAAGAAAAGGGUGGCUGGGUGUGGUGCUGGCUAUCAGCUUUUGUCCCAAACGGCCUGUAUGGAUGUAUAUGGGGAUGUUUGUAUGUAUGGUGGGAGCAGUGAGCAGGGCUAUCAGACUGGGCGAUUUUGCACACAGGUGUGCAUUGUUUUCUGCUGUUGUGAAAUGUUAGAACAUAUUUGUGCUCGUUUUCUGGCUCCACUUUAGAAAAUUUGGCAUUUUUGGGAUCUUCAGACCAUAGCUUUAGGAACUUAAACCAAUCAUGGCAGCCCGGACAGCAGAGCGGUGAGUUCGUGCCCUGCUCUGUGCACCCUCUGCCCGACCCAGCAAUGGCUAAAUCAUUACUACACGUGUCCAUCUGAGGCCAAGUCUAAUCGCAGUUUUAAAUACCUGCCCUUUAAGUUUAAUCGUCGGUCAGCUUGUUACACAUACUCCCUGUGCGUGUACAAGUAUUUGUUUUUAUUUCGUACAAAUGUGCAAAUCGGCGGCGCGCUCUGACCAAACGUUCGAUGUCUUGACUCGACCAGAGGGAACGGAGGUGAAUUUAUGGAAGCGAUGUUUGCUAAUCUUGGGUUUUACGUGCAAGCCUGUGUCGAGCCUCUCAGCCAUUCACAUUGAAUGAGACGCAGAUAGCCCGACGAUUGUAAAUGUGUGCUAAUGGAAACCUCGCUUGUGUUGAUUGUGAUAUACACUGUGUUCAUGUUGGAAUUAAAUUACAGCUGUGCGAACAA